CCCAAGUGUCGGCUCGGUGUGCGCGGCGACUUAGGCGGAACGCGCGCUGGGGCACGCGGGCUCACCCCGCGGGAUCUCCGAUGCGACGCCAGAAAAUGGCAUACGCGGCGCCCACGCACAAGGCCAAGGAGGAGGAUAUCAUGGAGUGCUUUCUCUACCCCAACUUCUGCUACGCGUCCGACCCGGACGCGGUGACGGAGGCCAGGCUGAGCGAGGAGAUCGCCAAGUACAACGGGGAGAUCGCACCGCUCGUCGCCGACCACAUCUGGCACAGCGGCAGCCUCUGCUUCCGCCCGAGGACCAAGCAGACGAUGCUGCUGAACCGGACCCUCGAGGGCUCGGCGGUGGAGGAGGAUUACCACACCCUGCCGCACAUUUACGCGAGCCUGCGCUUCGACGAGGACAUCGGGGACGAGUGGCUGACGGUGUACCUGAUAUUCAGGCUCACCAGAGUCUUCGACGGACUCGUCGCCCGGGUGGUGGACUCGGACGGGGAGUUCCUGCUGAUAGAAGCCGCCAACGUCCUGCCGCUCUGGGCGAGCCCCGAGACCUGCCAGGACCGAGUGUUCAUUCACAACGGUGAUAUUCACGUUAUCAGAGAGCGGGGAACGUCGUUUCCCAAUUUGCUCAACAACAUUAACGGCAAGCCACAUAUCUCCAAGAUGUCCGAGAAGGUGCAGCUGGCGCUGCAGAAGCGAGUCGGCGUGUAUCCCGACGAGAUUCAGAAGAGGCGGCACAAGACCAGGGCGUACCUGCCGGAGAAGGCGGCCUCUAUACUCCGCCUAGAGCCAAGAUUCAUCGCGCCAGUGAUUAGAACUAUCUGCCAUUCGGACCCGCUCGAACGCAAAGUUUGUCGCGCCAUGAGGUAUUUCCCUCCCGAGCAACGAACGAUGGUCAAUGUUAAAAUGACCAAGUGUUUGUACGCGAUGGCGACGCACUGCCGUUAUACCGGCGAUCCAAGAACAGGUUGGAACAUACCACCUGCGACUUGCUCAAAAUACAAUGCUCAUGUUCUCGGAGUUAAGAUAGCAUGCGGUUUAGAGAUGCUAGUAGCCCGGGCCAAUGAGGAACGUAGAAAACGUAUCGGAGAACAGUCGGACGUUCCCGACGACGCUGACAAGUUAAAGCUGAACGAACCAGCAUUCAACGCUUACCUAGCUCGUUUAGAGGCGAACGGUUACUUUAGAGAUCUGUUGGAAGGUAGUCAGGAACGUGACACGCUGCUGUCCACGGCGAGAGAGUAUUUCUUGAAGCAUGCGACCUUGUUUGAUAAUCUAACGAGUUUGUGCGAGAGCGAUCCUCAAAAAGUCUUAGAAGCAUGGGAGAACAUACAGACGAAUGACAUUGAGAUGCAUGCUCAAGAUGAGAUUAUGUUGAGUCCCGCGGAUACCGAUAGCUGGCUAAAUGUGAAUCCUACGCAAUUGGAAGCGUACUUGAACCAACAGUGGGGCAACGUUAAGGAUAAAAAGUUGGAUCAGGAACCGCUGAGCCUUCGAGAAAAGGUGCAAUCGUUUCUCAAUCAAACCAGCGACGUUGAUGGCGUGCACUUCUUAGGAGAACAAUCAAUGGACAAUGAUAUGCAAGACACGGAGGACGGCGCGCGAAUAGAUUUCGACGCGGAUGUAUUCGACAGUACGUUAAGAGGCAUCCUAGACCUAGUCGUCCCGGGAGGAGAGGGCGAGUUCGAGGGCAGCUCGGAGGGAUCGCUGGGUGGCGACGACGAGGACAAGGGCGGCGAUAUGGACAAGUAUAUGCGGCUGUUGGACUCGCAGCUGCAGUCGCAGAUGGUAAAAGACGAGAACUCGGUGGCGGACGACGAUAACAAUAGCACGGAUCCCGUAGAGGCAAGUUUGCGAGAAAGUAUCGAAGCCGAGGCCGGCGGCUCCGGCCCGGCCGGGAACAUAAUCGGCGGUCCCGUUCGCAGGCUCAUGCAUCUGCAAUUGCAGUCGCCUACGACGGUGCCGCCCGACUUACAAAGUUAAUGGCACUGCGUAUAGUAAGACGGAUUAACAUAGUCGGUUCACGUAAACAUUCUUACAAUCCUUCGCUUCAUUCUGCAAAGUACAUUAAGCAUUUGCCAUUUCGAAAACAAAGGAGAAAAGACAAUGGACUAAAAUCUCGUUGCUAUCCAAAUUAUUACAUUUAUUACUCAAUAAAAUAUAUACUUAAUGUUAUCGAUCAGAGCACCUUUAUCACACAGUUAGUACCAUUGAUACAUACUUCACAAUUGUACUUUUCAUCACUCGGCUCUAUCACUGUUUUUCAUACAAAUUAUAUAUAUAUAUAUAAUUAUAUAUAUAUAUACAGAUUAUAACAUGUAAGAUGUUAUUACCGCGGCCAUAGUUAGAUGGUAAGAAUCCUAUUUGUAUACGUAUAAUUUGAUUUCCACUUUUGUAACUAAUUUUACUAAGCAUCAGAAUCUUGUGUGUAAAGCUUUGUACAUUUCAAUUAGAAUAAUGAGAGACACGGACGUUUGUUGUAUA